AGGAACCCCCUGGAGCUGCAGCCAGAGCCGCACCAGGAGCCCAGGAGGCUCCAGAACUGGUUUCAACAGCUUUUCAAGCUUGGGAGAUCAUCGAGUGUCCGGCAGCAGCACUGACAGUAAUCACCUCUGCAGCAGGUGACUAAAACCAAAGAGAAGGAAAGACAACGACCGAGCAAAUGACAGGGGCAGAAACAGCUGUCCUGUUGGUAAUUUCCAAUGGAGUGACGCACUUGGAGAGCUUAGUGGGACACUGAAAUUACUGAGGUCCCACAGAUUGCUUAGGCUGAACCCUUCUUUGGCCCCUUUUUGAAGCAUCCCUGGUAUCAGCAACCAGCUCCAGAGGCUGGGACGCCAGGCAGGAGGAAGGGACAGCAGUGAAGGUGGUGUGCUGCCAAAGCAGUUUCUCAUACAGCAGCUGUCCCAAAGCCGUUUCAGCCACCCUUGGUGUGUCCCUCGGUGCCGGGAGCUGGGCCAGCACGGCCCCCCACCGCAGGACACACCUUCCUCCCCGCCAGGGACGAGAUGGCUGCCCUCAUUGCUGAGAACUUCCGCUUCCUCUCCUUGUUCUUCAAGAGCAAAGAUGUGAUGAUCUUCAAUGGUUUGGUGGCUCUGGGCACGGUGGGGAGCGAGGAACUCUUCUCAGUUGUCGCCUUCAACUGCCCCUGCUCCCCUGCCCGCAAUUACAUCUACGGGCUGGCUGCCAUCGGCGUCCCGGCCCUGGCCCUCUUCCUCAUUGGUGUCAUCUUGAACAACCACACCUGGAAUCUGGUCGCAGAGUGCCACAAGCGUGGCGUCAAGAACUUCUCUGCUGCUGCCACCUUCCUGCUCUUCGGCUCCAUCCUGGGCCGUGCGGCGGUGGCUCCCGUCACCUGGUCAGUCAUCUCGCUGCUGCGGGGGGAGGCCUACAUCUGCGCCCUCAGCGAGUUCGUCAGGCCCUCCUCACUCGACAAGUUCCCAGCUGAGUACGGGGCAGACGUGCUGGCCCGGUUCCCCUGUAAAGACAUGCCGGCGAACCUCACCAAGUUCAGGGAAGAGGUGACGCGGAGGCUGAGAUAUGAGUCCCAGCUCUUUGGCUGGCUGCUCAUCGGCAUCGUCGCUGUCCUGAUUUUCCUCACCAAGUGCCUGAAGCACUGCUGCUCCCCACUGAGCUACCGGCAGGAGGCCUACUGGACCCAGUACCGCUCCAACGAGGAUAAGCUCUUCCGACGCACGGCCGAGGUCCACUCCAGGAUCCUGGCGGCCAAGAAUGUGAAGCAAUUCUUUGGCUUCGUGGCGCUGGACAAGGAGGAGAAGGAGCUGGUGCAGGAGUUCCCAGUGGAGGGCGUCCAGCCCAGCCCCCAGUGGAACGCCAUCACGGGUGUCUACAUCUACAGGGAGAACAAGGGCUUCCCUCUCUACAGCCGGCUCCACAAAUGGGCCAAAGGGGUGGAAGGGAAUGGGCCAAGCCCAGAAGGCCACGAAAUGCUCUUUUUGGCUUCUUAAGACAGACAGGCACUGGCAGCAGUUCCCCAGACCACCUAGGAUGUCUACCAGUAUCGGUGUGUGGCUGAGGGAUUCACUGGGAAUAUUCCUCCCAGCAGGGUUACAUCUCUCGGUGGGUGAACAGAAAUCAACAGCCUCAAGGUAGAGACUGAUAAGCAAUAUGCUGAACUGGGAAACUCCUCCCUUGCAGACAACCAUCUCGCUGCUGCUCCCAGAGACACCAGGGGAGCAAGGAACAGAUGCACACGUUACCUCUGGCUGCCAGUGCACCCUGCCACCUAACGCACCAGCAGAAGCCUUGGGGAGCAAGAGCGAAGCACAACAUUUCUGAGCGUGACUCCUGCAGACUCACUGGUCUCCCCCUGGCAGGGUUAGCCCCAGCCAUCCCGCACACUUACUUCUUUCAUUAACAUGAGUAUCUUCUUACACAGUUGUGUGGUACCUGUUAUGCAGGCAAGUCCUUACAGGCUUUACAGCACAAGGAGAAGAGGGAAGCAGUGGGUAAAUUCCUGUGGCAAGGGGGAUGGAAGAGCACCUGGAAAGGAAUGGGUCAGUAAUAUAAGCAGGACACCAAAUAACUGAGAGACUAAGGCAGGAGGAAUCACCAAUAUUCCCGGUAUUCAGAAAGACGCUCUGUAAUUACCAAGUAGGAAUUUGGGCAGGACACCAGUUUGUUCUUGCUGAAGUGCCUGGCCCAGUUGGUCACAACCAUGAGUUUAUAAACCCAGAAGAGAGCACCAUCAGCAGAAUAGCUUCUGGGCAAGGUGGCUCAAUGGAGGUUGAGAGGAAGCAAUACCCCAACAAGUCACACCACCAGCUCAUGGCAGUUCUCAUCCAACCAUCAGAUGAGUUUGGCUUGUUUGGGCUGCCAGUUGCAGCAAGACCUCAACCCAAAUUAGUUUUACAUAUAUGUAUAUAUACACACAUAUAUAUCUGUAGUGUAUAUACUAUGUAAUUGUAGGUAGAUAGCUCUAUUUGUGGAGCAUCUUUCUUCAGGGGAAAGGGGGUGAGAAAGUUGCCAGACAAAAAGACAUUACAUGUUUCCAUCUGCUGCGCUGGGACUGCAGCCCUGGAGUGAGAAGGGACAGUAGGAAUGGAACAGGGGAAGCAGCCCUCUUCCUACCCUUCUACUACAAUUUUCUUAAACUCUUUCCACUGCCUUAAAUGGUCCCUGCAGCAGGUCUCUCUCUUUGAUGGACUUGGCUAUACUCUGUGAAAGCAAAGCCAGAAAGGUACAAAGUUACUGCCCUCACCACGAUGCUGUGCUGAGUAUGGCUUCAAGUACUACAUACCCAAUGUCAGCCCUACAACACUGUUUCAAGAGUUGGCAGGACAAUGAAGUUUCAUUUUCCUACUUGUACUGUACUGUGCAACUUCCUUUUACACUGUGCCAUUCACCAAAAAGCCUGAAGUCAUUCAAAAAGAAUGACCCAAACCCACAGAACUCAGAGGGACUUACAGACAAGAUUUGAAAUAAAUUAUUAAAGGAGUUCUUUUUCAUUGCCUUCUGAGUUUCUUUUCAGGGGGGCACAAAAGGCAUUAUUUAAC